AAAAUUCAAUCACAUUGAGUUUGCAUUAUUCUGAUACCUAUUUGGUUUAAACAUGGCCAGCUAAUUUCACGAAGGCACAACACAACCAUCGUAUUCAACGCCUAUCCUCUUCUCCCUCACACCCAAAACUUCUUUCUUUUUACUUAAGAGCUGCAUGAAAUUGGUCUACUUUUCCCAAACAAAUGGGUGAAAGAACUCUCGUUCCAAUUUUCGUCUUCUGGACUUUCCUUACAAUAAUAACUCCCACACUCAUUCUUUUGUCAGAGAAUUCAAAGGCAGACCUCGAUUUAAAUGGUCAAGACCCUUUAAGAAAUAUAACUGAGGGAGUGAAACAAGGAAGAAUGAUUCGGCACACACACAGAGAAAAUUACAUCAUAAAAACAGCACCAAAGGAUACCAAGUUUGAAGAGGAAUCAGCACCAGCCCCAGAACCAUUACCAACUACUGCUACAGUUACUCCAACUGUGUCACUCUCACAUCAGAAUCGUACUCUUAAACACAAUACAACCCAUGCCAGAAUAGAACACCUCAAAGUCAAACAAACAAAUAUCAGAUAAACAACUACUCGGUUCUGGUUUGCAGGAUUUGGAUCUCAGAUUGUUGUUGUGUCCUCAAACCUUGUGGAAGAAGAACAAUUGAAGUUGGUGAGAAACAUAAUUAAUUCAUUACAUUGUAAAUAUCUACAUAUGUUCAUACCAUGAUUCUGAAUUGAUAUAAUUUGGUUGGGGUUGGAUCAUACUA